UAUUCUGUAAAAGUUCGUUUGGGUUGGAAGUGACAAUAACCGCAAGUUUAUCGAUGGCUGGGAAUAAACCAGUACCAAAAUUUAACGAUAAAUUGGAGAAGUACUGUCGACGUCUAUUUUAUAUGGAUCCUGUUGCAGAACCCACUCCGCUGGAUCCAUCUGCGAUUGAGUACUUUGGAGUCUUUAGUGUUAGAGAUCCCCAGGCCCCAGACCGCAAACUUUGGUACAUUUAUUAUUGCUCGCAGCCGGAUAUUUCUGAUGUGGUGGAUAAGGUACGCCAGAAGUUUGGCCGGAAGAAUGUGUAUGAAAUAUAUCAGAAACCCACAUUCAGCGGAGUGGGUUUCCGUCGGAUCGUAAAGGAUUAUUUCUCCCACUUGAAGUGGAUUAGUAGAGGAAACCUUUUGGAAGCCCCUUCAAAAAGUUAUUAUAAUGAUAAGAAGGUGGUGAAAACAGUUUCAGAACUGCACUACAAGGAGCAAAGAAGGCUGUUUGACUAUAUAAUGGUACAGCACGAUUGGUUCAAGCGGUGCAAUGAUCAGAAACCACCCCCACUACGUCAUUAAAAACGUAAA